UUUUUUUUAAACCCCGGUCCCUGUUUAUCCUGAAAAGGAUUUGAAGACAGCCUGAAGGAUAAAAAGCCUCGGUGCUUCCCAGGCGCCGAGCCGAGGAGCCGAAGAGGAAGAGCCGGGGCUGCCGGAGCCUUCGGAGAUGGACGAGCAGCCGAGGCUGAUGCAUUCCCACGCUGGGGUCGGGAUGGCCGGACACCCCGGCCUGUCCCAGCACUUGCAGGAUGGGGCCGGAGGGACCGAGGGGGAGGGCGGGAGGAAGCAGGACAUCGGGGACAUUUUACAGCAAAUUAUGACCAUCACAGACCAGAGUUUGGAUGAAGCGCAGGCCAGAAAACAUGCUUUAAACUGCCACAGAAUGAAGCCCGCCUUGUUUAACGUGUUGUGUGAAAUCAAAGAAAAAACAGUUUUGAGUAUUCGGGGAGCCCAAGAAGAGGAGCCCACAGACCCCCAGCUGAUGCGACUGGACAACAUGCUGCUAGCGGAGGGGGUGGCUGGGCCUGAGAAGGGUGGAGGUUCGGCGGCGGCAGCGGCGGCGGCGGCAGCUUCUGGGGGCGCAGGUUCAGAUAACUCAGUGGAGCAUUCCGAUUACAGAGCCAAACUGUCACAGAUCAGACAAAUCUACCACACGGAGCUGGAGAAGUAUGAGCAGGCAUGCAAUGAAUUCACCACCCACGUGAUGAACCUCCUUCGAGAGCAAAGCCGGACCAGGCCCAUCUCCCCGAAGGAGAUCGAGCGAAUGGUCAGCAUCAUCCACCGCAAGUUCAGCUCCAUCCAGAUGCAGCUGAAGCAGAGUACGUGUGAGGCGGUCAUGAUCCUGCGCUCCCGGUUUCUGGAUGCCAGGCGGAAGAGACGGAAUUUCAACAAGCAAGCCACAGAAAUUCUGAAUGAAUAUUUCUAUUCCCAUCUCAGCAACCCUUACCCCAGUGAGGAAGCCAAAGAGGAGUUAGCCAAGAAGUGUGGCAUCACAGUCUCCCAGGUAUCAAACUGGUUUGGAAAUAAGCGAAUCCGGUACAAGAAGAACAUAGGUAAAUUUCAAGAGGAAGCCAAUAUUUAUGCUGCCAAAACGGCUGUCACUGCCACCAAUGUGUCAGCCCAUGGAAGCCAAGCUAACUCGCCCUCCACUCCCAACUCAGCGGGUUCUUCCAGUUCUUUUAACAUGUCAAACUCUGGAGAUUUGUUCAUGAGCGUGCAGUCACUCAAUGGGGAUUCUUACCAAGGGGCCCAGGUUGGAGCCAACGUGCAAUCACAGGUGGAUACCCUUCGCCAUGUUAUCAGCCAGACAGGAGGAUACAGUGACGGACUCGCAGCCAGUCAGAUGUACAGUCCGCAGGGCAUCAGUGCUAAUGGAGGUUGGCAGGAUGCUACUACCCCUUCAUCAGUGACCUCCCCUACAGAAGGCCCUGGCAGUGUUCACUCUGACACCUCCAACUGAUCUCCCAGCAAUCGCAUCCCGGCUGACCCUGUACCGCAGUUGGGGCAGGGGCAGGAGGGAGGGUUUCUCUCCCAACGCUGAAGCGGUCAGACUGGAGGUCGAAGCAAUCAGCAAACACAAUAAGAGUCUCCUUCUCUUCUCUUCUUUGGGAUGCUAUUUCAGCCAAUCUGGACACUUCUUUAUACUCUCUUCCCUUUUUUUUCUGGGUAGAAGCCACCCUCCCCUGCCUCCAGCUCUCCGACUGGUUUCUGUCAUCUUCCCUGGCCCCGUCCUCUGUUCUAGACUCCCCGGGUUCCUCCCCUCUAUUAUAUCACCGAAGGAUAUUUUCAACAAUUAGAGGAACUUACAAAGGAAAAACAAAUUACAAAGCAAACAAUAAACGUAUUUGUAUGUUUUCGUGCUGGUGGUUUGAGGAGCCAAAUUUACCUCACUCGGAGCCCUCAUCCCUUUGUUGACAGGCAAUCUUUCUGUCUCUCUUGUUACUCUCACUACCUCUUAGCAGGAAUACACCACACUGCCCUACUCAUUCCAGGCCACCCUGUCUCCAUUUGCCCCUUCUUUCUGGGAACAAUCCCGAUUUCUUCCUCUUCUUUCUGGCCCCAGGUAUUCGUUGGCAACUGCCGUAGCUGGGCUUCUGAAGGUGCCACACAUCCCGAUGUCGCUCUGUCAGGUUGAGUCCCAGGCAGGAAGUCGGGCAGGAGGGGAGGGCACAAGGAACAGCAAGGGCAGGAUUCCUACCAGCUUUCUCAUCCUCUUAGAAACAGCUCUUGGCCACAGAGGCACAGUCUGUGGAGACCGUUCAACACUUGGGCAGCAAUGUUCCGAACCUCGUGCACGCUGGGUCUGAGGGAGGUAUCCUGAGGGUGCAUCUGUAAAGAGUGAAGGCGUCUCAUCCUGAAAGGCUUCACUGUCCCUUCAUAGACAUGUGCACACAUACAUAACACACAGGUGAACACACUCACAAUCUGACACCUUUGCUUGGCAGGAUGCUGCCACCCUUCCCAGUGACCUCCCCUACAGGAGGCCCUGGCAGUGUUCACUCUGACACCUCCAACUGACCUCCCAGCAGUCGAAUCCUGUGCAAAUGCAUACGUUAGCAAUCAUAUUGCUCUAGCUGGUGAGCCUGAGAGAGAAGGAAUACGUGCCUGGGGCUUCUAGGACCCGCCAACAUGCACUUACCACAGUAGACUGCACAGGACUUUAUUGGCAUGCAGGUCAGCUUUCAAGUGGAAACAGUUUUCAUUCCCACCACCUCUGGAGCUCUCAGGGAGCCGUACACAGGACUUACAGUGUCUAUGAUGGAUUUGGCUGCUUUGUCUGUGUUUUUUAUUAUAUUAUCUUUUCAAAACAUUGUAGUACAGUGUGGUCUUGAUCCUGGCUUCUUCCUCUGGAGGAGAGAGUGGUAUAGUAUGUGGUUCAGGUGAACUUUUUACUAAUUAAUUUGAAGACCUAAGAAUCAUAAGAGUAAGAGUGUUGUUGUUGUUGUUGUUGUUGAAAUAAUCACAGUGAUCUAUAUACCAUGGGAUUGAAAGAAAAUAAUACUUUCUAGAAAUGUAGUCUUGCUUUUGACUUGAGUUUAAAUUCCCCAGUCAGCUCUACCAGCCUUAAAGAUGGUAGCUUUGCCAGUAGAUUAAGUGGCAUGUGGUCAGGUAUCUUUGGGACCUCGUGCUCAUUAUCUGUAAAAUGGGAAUUGUUAUUCUUGGCUCACCAAGGGGCUUGUAAGAGGCCCAAGAAACUGGUUUCGUUUAUAUUUAAUCUCUAGGUCUGAUGGUCAAGGAAAGUAAUGCCCCUGUGAUGAACUGUUUCAUGCCAGGUCAGAACAAUACAUGCUUUUCUUGUUCCAAAUUCUGUUUGUGAUCUUGAUGUCAUCACCAAAAUGACAAGCAUUGUUUUAGAGGCUUUCUGCUCUGAUUUGGUUUCAGUCUGUUAGUCUUCUUAGGAUAGAGAAGAGAUUUGAAACUAGAUGGGGUAGAACUUGGUUUUGUUAGCUUCUACUUGAAUCCAGUAUGUGGCCUUAAGUCCUUGUCCCUAUCACAGCUGCUCUGCUUCAGAGACUUCCGGGAAGGCAUACAAGAGCUUGAGGGCUAGGCAACCCACCCACAAAAGUCACACAUAUUCCACUCAGGACUGCAGUGAUGAGUGGGAAACACCCUUCAUGUGUGUUUGGAGGAGCAGGCCACGCAUACUGGGAAACCUGAGGGGAUGGACAUUUGAAGACAAUGCAGAAAGCAAUUUUCUGGCAGAUGAAAAUUCGUGUAGCUGACCCAGGUCACUAGAAAGAGUGUCCGCUAGCCUGUGCCGUGCUCAGAACAGGGUGCCUAGAAGGGGACAUCACAAGUCCGUACAGGGAUGAGAACCAGCGAUCUUUGUCUUUGUGGCAGGAAUAUAUUGAAACGACUCUACAAACAUGGUUAGAUCACAUCCUUGAACAUGGAGCAGACUGUGAGAGUUCCUGGAGGGUUCUCGUGGAAAUGAGAAUGACUCCAGAUCUGGACUGAGCACAUGAAGGGAAUGAAUGGGACAUGUGAAAGCACUGACGCCUUCACACAGACAGCUGCUCUCCAGGCAGUGGUCGCCCCACCUGGUACUUCACUGGGCCGCCUUUAGGGCCACACUUAGCCCGUAGCCUGUUCUCCUUACCCAUUGUCACCUCCAACAGGGCAGCCCCCCCAACCCCCGAGAUCUCUGUGGUCAAGCACGGCUAGAGAAAGCCGGCAGCCUCAGGAUAGGAGUGGAAAGAGUAUGCCUCUAGAAACUCAGCUCAACCCCUAGAAAUUGUGCCCCAGGAUUCCUUCAUAUUCUAAGUGCAAAUGGGAGUGCUCCAUUUUCCACAACAGCAAUUUCCUCUUGAGAAAUGGUAGCAGACCUUGGGUUUGUUACCAUGUUCCAUUGUAUUGCCUCUUUCUCCUCUUCCCACUGGAGUAGAAUGGACUCCUGGGUAACAGCUCAGCCUUCUGGCACCUUCCUUCCACUUCUUUCCCUGUGGUAGUGGUACUGUAUUGUUAUUAUUAUUAUUAUUAUUAUUAUUAUUAAUUUUUGGUUGCCUUUUCUCACACCUAUCUCCACCUCUUUCCUUUUCUUUAUUUUUCUGCCCAGAAAAACCUGACUUCGAUACCAAAAAAAGAUAAAACUACAGAAACUCAAAUUUAAAAAAAAAAAACUUAGGAAAAAAAAGCAAAAAAAAGAAAAAAAAACUCAACAAUUCUUUCAGCUUUAUUAACAUUUUCCAUCGUUUCUUGCGACUUGUGUCUUGUUCUUUGUAGUAUUGAUGAUGAACAUUUGAUAAUGAAUGUUCUUGUAUAUUCAGAUAAAGAAAAAAAACCAAAAAAGCGGUCUGAAUUUAAUAGUGUUUAUAAUAAAAAUUUUAAAAAUGACCCUCAUAGCACGCAAAACAGGAAGGGGAAGUUUCCCUUCUUUCUGUGACAAUACACAUCAUUCCUGCAUUCGUUUUUAACACCAAACUACCUGUGUUCCUCAUUCCCCCCAUUUUUCUUUUUAUUUUCUUGCAUUUGUGAAUUAGUUCAAGAAUGCUAGAAAAGUGUCAAGUUGUGUACAUCCAUUUCUUCUUUCACGAUGUUUAAAAGUGACCGUAAUUCAUUUUGUAAACUAAAAAAAUAAAAAGGAAAAAAAAAAGAAAAAAAUAAGGUUGGAAUAGUGAGCAUAAUAGAAACAACCUAACACAUUCUGUUUAUUAAUUUUGAGACCCAAAAUAAACUCUUUUCCUUUCUUUAUUCCUGCUCUUAAAAAUACAAAAAAAAGUUUUGUUUUGUGUUAUUUUGGUUUUGUUUAUUUGAGGGGGGUGCUUUUUUUCACUGUCAGGGUUGCGUUCGGGUCUUGCUGGUUUUAUUCCUUAAAUAUGUAUACAAGGUGAUGUGAAAAGGGGUCCCUGGUCAAGGAAGACACUUCCUUGUUCUGCUUUGCUUCAGUCGAUGUCAAAAGCAAUGAUAAAUAAAGCCCAUGAGCUCUUGCAUGCCCAGGAUGUGUGGUACCCCUGUAGUCCUCAAGAUAAUGAGGCAAGGACUUGCUUCCUUAAAAACUCAUGGAGUCUGUCCAGGGGAUUUCUUAUACUGGAAGGAAAGACUUUUGCCUUUGGUUAUUCUGAAAGGCUUUCUUUCUCCCUGAAUGGCUUUCUUUCUCCCUGGUUAAUGUCAACCGUCCAGGAGAAUGCUUCCAACAAGACAGAAUUUUUCUCCUGGCAGAACUCCACAGGAGGUACUGCCAUGGUGGGAUGCAGAGUCCCCAGUUCUGGGUAGAGAGUUGGUGAGGUGAUAAGCCAGAGCCCAGGCUACAGGCUGACUGCUUAGAAGCUGGUUUCUGAUUCACUGACAGUGCACUUGUGACCAACUGCCGAUUAGGUUGACUGUUUAAAUAGCAAAGCAGGAUUCAUCAGAAAUUUAGUGUUAGUUAUAGGGAAAAAAGAAAGCCACAUUGUUGGACAGACAUUCAGUUUCGGACAUCACUCAUUCAAACGUUCAGAUGAUCAGAGAGCAGACAGAAUUCCAGCCAGAUGCAUUAGGAAGGAAAAAACAGCAGCAACAAAACUUCAGAGUUAUGGAACUAUGCUGUGGGAAGCAUUUCCAACUGGAGACAGCCAUGCUCUUGUUUCUGUCACGAGAAACGAAAGGCAACCUUUUCACAUCACCUUUCUGGUUUCUGGCCUAGCUCAAAGCUUUCUGGAAACUUCUAUUUUUUUGUAAACUUUUUUUUUCCUUUUGUUAAAAUAAAUAAAACAUUGAAUGUUUCCCCCUCUUUCUCUCUAUUACUGCUUCCCUUUGGGGGUUUCAUUUUGAAGUGUUUUCCUUUGGUUGUUGGUUUUCUUGCCCACCCCACCCCCCGACACACCCACCUUUCCCCCUUAUUAUUGAGAGUAUAAACCUGCAAAGCUCUGCUCUUCUUGGGUUUUGAAAGCUUAAGCUUUUCUGCUUCUGUGAGAGCACAGGCUUCUGUCCCCUUUGAUUCCAGCUGAACUUUUGUGUUCUCUAAUGAUACUAACACGAUGUAGGUUUUACAGUCUCCUAAUUUGUACUGGUAAUGCAGAUUCCAAAUAAAUAGUUUCUUUUGUUGCAAAAUA